GUACUUGGAUUCGGAGAAACUACAACAACAUAUACGAGAAGUCCAAUGUUGUUGCCGGCUUUCUUUCUUCAUCUGCUUUGCAUCCAAUCCCUCUAGAAACUAGAAAACUUGUUGCUUUUUAAUUGAUUAAUUAAUCAUCACCAGCCACGAACCUCUCUUCUACGUACUACGUCAACUAAUCAAAAUCCUUCCCAUUUUUUCCCAAAUAAAACCAGAGACCUCUCUCUCUUGGCCACCCUUAACUCUCUCUCUCUCUCUCUCUCUCUCGAACCCCAAACCAACCCAACGAUUAUGACAAGAUCACAGCAAUAUCCUCAUCUUUUCAUGAUCACUAUAAUUCUUAUUCUUCUCUCAAUCAAUUCAGUUCCUUCAAUCUCUGCUCACUUUUUCCAUAGCAAUGUUUCAAUCCCAGAAGACUUGCUCAAAAACGCAACCUCUAAUCCAUGGAGUUUCUUCCAUCAACUAUCCGGCUGCCAUGCUGGUGAAAAAUACGAUGGCUUGGCCAAGCUCAAAAGCUACUUCCAGUACUUCGGUUACAUCCCCAACUCCCUCUCCAAUUUCACCGACGAUUUCGAUGACUCCCUCGAAUCUGCUCUCCGAACUUACCAACAAAACUUCAACCUUAACAUCACUGGCCAACUCGACGACCAGACAGUUAACCACAUCGUACGGCCCAGGUGCGGCAACCCGGAUAUAGUUAACGGCUCUUCCAGUAUGAACUCUGGCAAGACACAUAAUACCUCGUCCAGUCACGUUCACACGGUUUCUCAUUACUCCUUCUUUACUGGGAUGCCACGUUGGAGGAAGCAAGCCUUAACCUACGCGUUUUUGCCUGGGAAUCAAUUAACCGACGAGGUUAAGACCGUUUUCUCCCGCGCUUUCGACCGGUGGUCAACGGUGAUUCCAUUGACAUUCACGCAGGCGGAUUCUAUCAACGCAGCUGAUAUUGGAAUUGGGUUUUACAGUGGCGAUCAUGGAGAUGGAGAGCCGUUCGAUGGGGUUCUUGGGACUCUAGCACAUUCUUUCUCUCCGCCAAGUGGACAGUUCCAUCUUGACGGGGACGAGAAUUGGGUCGUGACAGGUGAUGUUAGGACAUCGUCGUUGACGACAGCUGUCGAUUUGGAGUCCGUGGCAGUACAUGAGAUUGGACAUUUGCUAGGGUUAGGGCAUUCCUCUGUGGAAGAGUCCAUCAUGUACCCUACUAUUUCUUCGAGGACUAAGAAAGUAGAAUUGGCCGACGAUGAUAUUCAAGGGAUCCAAGUGUUGUAUGGUAGCAACCCUAACUACAACGGUUCAUCUACAACAUCCGUUCAGGAGAAAGAGACUGGUAGUAGUGGGGCCCAUUGUCUUCGUUCAAGGUGGGACCUUAUUGGGUUAAUCAUGGCCUUUGGAUUUGUUCUGCUGCUUUUGUAGGUUAGGUAGAUUAGAUGAUUAAUAUUUUAUUUUAUUGUUUGGUGCUUCGUUUCUUUUGUAUAGACCAUAUAGUAAAGGCGGCCGGGGUAUACUUUGUGAUAUGUUUAUUCAUGAAAUACGAUUUACUAUUUUUUAUUUUUA